GCACACUCAAACGGCGAUUGGGUUGUGGACCCACAUGAAGGCAUUAUACGGCUAGAUUUGAGAAGAUUUCCAUCUGAAGUCUCAUGUUUGUGUUACCCUUCAACUGACUGAAUUAUCAAUCAGUGCGGCACUUACAGAAUGACUAGAGCGUAGACAAGGUGUUCACGAGAGUCGAAUUCCAACCCUCGCGACCUGUUGCCGCACGCUGCACAUGAUUGUGAAGAGAGUCAGACACCAGACACACCCUGCCGCAAACGCGGUACAAUUGUUGUCAUUGAACUGCUCUCUGAUCUCUUUGUUGUCGAGAAGGUCAGAGUGCGUGCAGCUGCUGUGUUGUGAAGAAUGGCAAAGUUGUGUUGUUACACUUUCUUUAUUGUGUGGCUGAAUUAUGUUGGGAUUGUGGCUGGUUAUCCAAGUGGAGCUCCAUCUGAUCAUUGCACUGAUAUGACUCCUGUCAAUCCUCCUCAUGGAAAUAGGCAGCCAUCAAGCAGCCCGUAUCGAAUCAUUUCAGAUGCAUAUUCAAAUGGUUACGUUCCUGGACAGACAUACAAUGUAUCAAUCGAGAAGAUAUCCUCAGCCAGUCCCAACUUUAGAGGCUUUCUUUGCCAGGUGCGACAAGUUGAUCAAACAGAUGCUGUUGGUACUCUAACUCCAAAAGACUUAUCAAUGUCUAAAACUUUGGACUGUACCAGUAGUCAAGAUGCUGUGACUCAUUCUAACAACAAUGACAAACAACAGCAAGCAUUUUACUGGAAAGCUCCAAAUCUAGGAGUUGGGACUCGACUGGAAAUUGUAUGCACCAUUGUUCAAAACGUUUCAAUUUUAUGGGUGCAGCAAAAGUCAGAGCAAUUCAAAGAAACAGCCGUUCUAAUUUCUACCACUCGUCAACCUACAACUUCUGUUCCUGCAACAGAGAGAAUGGAUGUUGGUGAAGAGGUUGGUACAGCUACACCAACAGUCAUUAUUUUGAAGGGCACGACAGACCCACACACUCAGGAGGUUGAAAGCUCGACGAAUGCCAGGUCAGCUGCUGCUGUAAUACCAACGUCGUCUACACCAUCUUCUCAAGUGAGAUCGACGACUAGCAAUCGUGCCACCACAAUCUUACCAACUACUAAAGUUUCGUCGUCGUCAUCAUCAUUGAUUGCAACAGUUCGUUUGGUUUCCCAACAACCGACUACCACUACAACAACAGUGAUGUCAGCUUCAGCAGGAAGACAAGACACUAAUUUAUCAGGAAGUCAAGUAUCUGUUGUACCAACGAAACAAACAGCAUCAUCCCCAACUACUGCGGAUGGCACGUCUGGCGCAGCACAUGCUUCUCCACUUAUUUUGCUAUUGGUUUGCUUUCUUGCAAUCAUCAUAUUACUUUUGUAGCCAUGCACGUUUGAAGUCAUUAUGAUAGCUUGAUUAGUGUCUUCUGUGGCAGUAUUGUACUGUCCUAUUAUAGUAUUUGUGUGGAUGGUAAUUAAAGUUGAUCUAUAUAUAUAU